GGCUUUAAUGUUUCAACACUUCUAGGGUUUCUUUACCUUUUCUCUCAUCCCAUUACCUUCCGUUUGGCUGCCCAGAAAUCUUCUCAUUUUCCGUCAUUUGCUUUAUAAACCGAAGUAACCGAGACCAAAUAGGGCUUACGGUUCCUGAUAUGGAAGCUCUAUAUUCGAAGCUCUACGAUAAGUACACUAAACUCAAGACAGAGAAAUGGUCUCAAUUGGAUAAGCUAAGUAAAGAUCAAGAAAUAAAAUUUGUGAAUUGUGUGAAUGCUGCAGAGGAGCUGAUACAACACUUAAGAAAUGAAAAUGACCAAUUGCAUGCUCAGAUUGAUGACUUGAGAAAUGAAGUGGCUUCAAUCAGGUCCACCAAUGAUGAACAAUUUGCUGACUACCAAAAAAAUUUAAUGGAAGAGAGCCAGAAGAAUAAAGCUCUUGCUGAAGAAUUAGAAAAGCUCCAAAAGCUACGGCAGGAGGGAAUUUUGGGUAGUAUAAAGGAUGGUGCAAACGUUAAUGCACAAGUUAUAUCGGAAGUGUCCAAUAGCUCAUCCAGAAUAAUGACAAGAAAACGUAGCAGGCUUUCUGGCUCUGUGAGUCAAGAUGAUGCCAUGCAAAGAGAAGCGGCAAAAAACUCGUCCAAGGAAACUGUGUACAGUAAUGCUGUUGUAAAUGUUCAGCAGCCGGAAUGCUGUAGAAGAACUAUUGACGCAUCAGGCGGUGCCCUGAAAGAAAGCGGCUCUGCUAACUGCUUCUUUCAAGCUUUUGUUGAGUACUUGGUGGGCAUGAAACUAUCAGCGGUUACUCAAACUGAAGGCAUGUGUAUCUCAGCCCUGCAUCAAUCAAGUGGGUACUCAUUCAGUCUAACAUGGGUAAAUAAAGCAGCUGGAGAGGAAGCACAACUGCUGUACCGUGUCUUAUCAUUGGGGACAUUUGAGAGAGUAGCACCAGAAUGGAUGAGGGAAGUCAUUAUUUUCAGCACAAGCAUGUGCCCAGUCUUCUUUGAAAGGGUUUCCCGUGUUAUCAAACUGCACCACUAGUGGCCCUCUUCCCAAUCUCAGUCUAGAUUGAUGUUUCUGACAAAUCUGAAAUCCUGCAAGCCCUUGUAAAUCAGCGGCUGCGGCAAUGGACUUAAUAGGCUGAUCUAACCAUCUUUCUGCAUUAGACCAGGGAAGUAAGCACUUUGUUAUAAACUGAAAGAUCUUAUAUGUAAAAAUCCUAUGAUUCAUGGGUAUUAUUGGUUAGACGUAUGAUUUUCUCAACAAAAAAAAAAAUCUCAGAAUGUAUUCAAUGUACAACUUGCUCAUACAAGGAUUGGGUUUUCUUUAUAAUUUAAAGGUAGUGAAUGAUAUGCGAAUGAGAA